AUGUCUCAAUAUACCGAUACAUCCCGCAUCUUUGUUCGUCUCUGUGUCUUUUCUCUCACCACUAUUUGGCUGCUCGUCGCUGCUUUCAAUUCUGUCACUGCUCGUUUCGCAGAUACUUUGCGAGACCAGGUAACAGCUGGCCUCAAUGAAUCCGACGGCCCCAUCCUGUACGACGCAUUCCGAGAGCUUAUGAGGGACUUUCGCAAGGCAAUGGUUAUUGUCGCGCUUUCCUCGGUUCUCUUCUUCUUGUUUGGUUUCACACUUCUCGCUCACCCAAGUUGGGUACGAGAUGGGAGGACUGCAAUUGACAACUUCUUUAUUACCCAAUUAUUCCUCGGGGUGGUUGUAAUCGCUUUGGGUGGGUAUAUUAUGGACCAGAUGCAUGGAUUUCUCGACAUUUUUGCAGUAUUCGAUGACCGAGGCUCCCUGCCUCGUUGCAGCAUUAUAUACCAUGGGGCUAUCGGUCAGAUUGUACUUGGUAUCCUCAAUGUUGCGGAGGUUAUGCAGGCAGAAUACAGGCAAGAGACAGGCAAGAAGUGGAUCCUCGAAUCCAAUUAG